AGAGCCCAUUGGGAGGAGCUCAGAGACGCCAUCGUGGAAGUCUACGAUCUAGCCGACAAUUUGCUUGAUUUGACCUUGCAAACCGAGGAGUACAUCGACACUACAGGAUACGAGUCGCUCUUGGUGGGGACAAACACUUUCCUCGCGGCCAUGAAGGUCCCUCUUCAAGCGCUACAUGAUACUCUAGUGGGCAAGGGGAAAGGGGUGGCAAAGUCUAAAUAG